AUCAACAGGGCAGUUGCCUUGGGCGAAGCUCUUGGUGACGUACUCUGCGUUUAUACUCGGCUGUGCAGUAUUCAGAGUUAUACCGUAUGACAAACAGAUCGAUUAUAUUACCUCCAGCUUCUUGUCGAUAUAUACAGUAUAUAAAUACCGUCAACCGGAUGAGGUCUGCCAAAAUACUUGUAACAUUUACAAUCGUGGUUGCUGUAGUUGUAAUAUUUAACUAUGGGGCUAUUGAAAAACACGACGUUCAAAAACAAAUACCCAGAAAUAUGAAAAAUGAACAUCAAACGUGUAGAGAUAUAUUUGAAAUUGGAAGUAGAUCGAAAAAGAUGUCAAACAUGACGGACUUACUAGUAAAAGUGAUCUCACGGAAGAAAAAAAAGAGAGAAUUCCUGCCAGAAUUAUUUUAUGAGGUGGCGGCCCAAGAAUCUCCCUCUAUGAUUCGUGACCACGUUCAUGACGGCUCUGGUCUCCAGGGUACCAACCUCACACUCGCUAAGGAAUGGAGGUUUGAGCAGGCGAAGGGACAACUGCCAUAUCUUGCAUGUCAGAUGAGGGAGUUCCGAGCUGAGGACCUUCAUACAUGUGUUAGGAGGAGAAGUGAAGUCUUGGGCUCUACGCACAUCACCUAUGUGGGUGACUCCCGAGUGAGGCAGCACGUGGAGGUCCUUCUCGACCUUAUCCGGGACCUACAGCCUAAGAUAACCACCCACCAGAUACAGGGGCAUGGCAGUUGCUGGAUAUCAGGCCUACUGUGUUGAAGCAGAUAGAUGAGUCUGCAGUGCAAGUAAUGAC